AUGGGUGCCGCCAUCUUGGAGGCGGGCCCUUCCGGGACUACUGCAGAUGUAGAUCCAGUCUCCUCCAAGGGGGGGUGGCACUUAAGGGACUGUUGGUCAUUGAAAGUGGAAGAAACAAGGAACCUUUCCCCAAAGCCAAGUAAAAGCAAAGAACCUGUGAAAACGGAAUGGGGAUCUCAGAGCAUGGUGUUCACCUAUUUCCAAGGGGACAUUAACAGCAUGGUAGAUGAACAUUUUUCUAGAGCUCUCAGCAAUGCCAAGAGCCCCCAAGACCUGAGCACAAAGCACAGGGGUGAGACUGUUGUCCUGAAAAAUGACAGCAUGUCUCCCCAUCAGUGGAAUUUCUCUUCACGUUGCUACAAACCAUAUCCAUCAUCUUCUUCAACAAGCAUGGCAAAUUCUGCUUUGAAUUUUUCUGCUGCUGGUGUGGUAGGCUAGUGCCAGCCAUCAUCUCUGUGUAGUCAUCCAGCUCAACCUGCAGAUUUAUGGCCCUUCCCUCCAACUGGGACUCCCAGUGUCACCAAUUCAGUGUAUCCUCACACCCUCCCUGACCUGUAUGCAGCCAAUGAGCUGAUCUCUAACAGGAAAUACAGUUCUCUUCUUGACCUUCUGCAACAGGAAAGGUGCUUAACAUCCAUGCAAGAAUGCACCAUGAAGCAACACUCAAGUUCUGCUGGUAUGACUGGACCUGCGAGGUUACAAAAUAUGAGUCAAAGUUCAGUUCCUGGGGGAGAGAGGAAAGCAAGCUCUUACCAAGGCUCAGAAAAUUCCAGUGUAAGCCAUGCCACUACAGGUAUUCAGAUUCAUUACAGAAGAUGAGAUUUGUACUUCUAG